GAGGUCAGUUAUUGCUUAGUCUGAUGAAGUGAUAAACAAUAAUCUAGUCAAAGCGUAGAGUGGGAUUAUGAAGAAACGUUAAUAGAGAGUAAAAGGGCUCAAGUGCACUGAUUCAACUAGCCUCAACAUAAUAAGAUUUAAAUCGAGAUUGACAAUAUACAUUUUAUUUUAUCACUCAUUUUUCGUUAGUUUAUGCACUAUAAGAGAUACUCAGUGUUUCUAUUAAAAAUUAAAUGGAUAAAGACUAAGGAAAUGGCUUAACAAUUUUAAACGCCUAUGAUAUUAAAUAAAAGCGAAAGUUAAGGUUAUUCUGGCUGGCGGUAAGCCACACAAAGAUCCAAUGGUUGUUAGUGAUACCAGAUCUCUAUACCUGCUUACAGCUCCAUUCAUAAGACGUUCUCUCAUUUUUCGAAUUCUGGAUACCCCAAGAAUUUUAAGAUUGUUCGUUGUAACGCAUAGCAUAAAUCUAAGUGUUUUCAUAUAUGGGUCAAAAUAUCAAAUCCUUCCCAAAUGCUAUGAAUAAUAAAUAUAUUAAAAAUUUACAUUAAUGGAAUAUACAAAUUUAGAAGAAAAGCGCUGGAAUUGGUAUCAGUUCCGAAACUAACCUAAGCUUAACUAUUCGGGUUUGUAUCACUUGCACACUAAUGCAUUUUCAAUACAAAUAAUGACGAUUUUGCCAGUUGCACCAUCCCUACAAAUAUAUUUGAACACAGCAAUGAGUAACUGUCCGCAGGUAAAACAAAAGAAAAUGAGUCACUACGUUCUACAAACCAUUUCGAUUAGAGGCGAAAGUGGUCCUAUAACAGAUAUUAUUAAUUUUAAGCUAGCUGACAAUAGUACAAACAAUUCUGAACUUCAAUCUAAUGAACACAUUCCCGAAGCAUUACCUCCAAGUGCUGAGGAAAAUCAAAAUUGUCGUUCUCAGAAACAUAUGUGUAAUAAAUGUUAUAAGCCAUUUAGUCAGUUUAAUGAUCUUAAGAAUCAUUUGGCUUUUUGUCACUUUGAAGGCGGUUACCAUUUACGGAAAGCAGAAAUGUUGAAAAAUAUUGAGAAAAUUGAGAAAGAUGCAACUAAUAUGGAGACCAAUGAUAUAUGCUUUUGUUGUGGAGAAAGUUAUGAUACAUUUCAUUUGGGUCAAAUAAAUUGCGAUCAUUGCCCAAAAUCUUUUAAAACACAAAUGAGUUACGAACGACAUGUUUUCAUAACACAUUCGGAAUUUGAUCAAUUUCCUUGUUCUAUAUGUAAUGCAAAAUUGCGGUCAGAUCACCUAUUGAAGCUGCACGAAAAACAGCAUAAAACUCGUGGAAGGCUUUUCGCUUGUAAAGUAUGUGGUAAAGAUUUUGGACGUAUAGACCACUUGAAACGGCAUCAAAAAUAUACAGCCUGCUCAGCGAGUGCUAAUGACACCAUUAGUUGUAAGGUGUGUAAUAAAGAUUUUUCCCGUCUUGAUAAUUUGCGAAAGCACUUAAAGCAUCACCUGUGUAUACAACUAACAAAAAGAGAGAAAUUUAUGUGCCCCAUUUGUAAGAAUUGUUUUUACAGUUUAUGGAAUUUGAAUAGACAUAAACGUACACACACGGGAGAGCGCCCUUUUGCUUGCGAUUUGUGUGAGAAAAAAUAUCCGUCAUUGGAUGCGUUGAAAAGCCACCGUCGUUCGCAUACUGGCGAGAAACCCUACACAUGCGCUGAAUGUAAUCACUGUUUUAUUGAUAAGAAGGCACUAAAUCGGCAUUUAAUGCGGCAUGUUUGCAACAUAUGUGGGGAACAUUUCAUAAAAGUUACACAGUUACGCUAUCAUAUUAAAACUCAUAUAUAUCCACAUGCCUGCGAUAAGUGUGAAGAAAGAUUUAAAACAAUUCAACAAUUAGAGCACCAUACCAAACUUCAUACAUUAAAGUUCAAAGGAAAAAAUAAAAUUCAGGAGAGCAAAUUUAAAUACUAUGAAUACAAAACUGCUUCUGCAGAACCGGAAGACUACAACGUAAAAAUUCAAAUACCUAAAUAUACCAACAGUAGGCUCGAAGAUUCAGAAAAAGAAGAAACAAACUGUACAAUUUAUGUAAAAGAAUUCGAUUCAGUUAAAACUCUAAACUCUCAUAUACUUAAACUAAAUAAAGAGAAAUCGGAGAUUUUCCAUAAAACCAAACAAAAAGCACAAAAAGUAAAAUUGGAUAAGUACGACUCGUUACCAACAAAGAUUUAUAGAAUUGAUGAUUUCAAUGAUAAUUUUACUACAACAAAUAAUAAGGCUACAUUACCAAAAGAAAUGAUUGCAGCCGAAGAAGAUACAACAGAUCGAUUGUUAUUGGAAAAUGAAGAAUAUUGUGUUAUAACGUUAGAAAAUGAGACUAUAUAUAAUGAGCGACGAACGUCUGUUUCUAAUAGUUUAAUUGAUCCUAUUACAAACGCCGUUGUAGAACAGUUUAUAGAAGAUGAACCACCUGAAGUUUCCACUGAACAAUUUUUAAAAAAUGAUGAAUACUGUGUUAUAACUCAAGAAAGUAAGACUAUGAAUACUGAGUCAAGAACUGCUGUUCCUGAAAUUGUAGUUGAUAGUAAAACAGAGAAUCAAACACCGGUCGAAGGUGAUGCCAUUGUACAACAAUUCACUGAGCAAUUAUUAGAAAAUGAGGAACACUGUCUUAUAAUUCAAGAAAAUAAGACUAUGAAUUCCGAGCUAAGAACUGCUGUUUCUAAAGUUGUAGUUGGUGGUAUUACAGAGGAUCGAACAUCAAUCGAAGGUAAUGCCGUUGUUCAACGAUUCAUAAAAGAUGAACCAUUUGAAGCGUCUACUGAGCUAUUGGUAAAUGAAGAAUACGAUAUUAUAACUCUACAAAAGAAGUCUACAAAUAUUGAGCCAAAAACAAGUGUUCCAGAUAACGUAAUUGAUACAAAUAAAGUGAAUCAAAUAUUGGGUGAAGGUGAUGCCAUUGUACAACAAUUUAUAAAAGUUGAACCACCUGAAGCUUACACUGGGCAAUUAUUGAUGGAUGAAGACUGCUGUUUUGUAAAGUCAAUGAAUGAGAGUAUGAAAUUUGAGCCAAAAACUAUUGUUCCUGAAAGUUCACUUGAUACUAUAGUGGACGAUCAAGCAUCUAUUAAAGUUAAUGCUGUUAUACAAGAACUUAUGGAAGAUGAUUUGCCUGAAAUUUUCAUAGAAAAAUUUUUAGAAAAUGAAGAAUACUGUGUUGCAGCUUCAGAAAAUGAGACUAUAAAAACCACACCGAAUAGUGCUGUUUCUGAAAGCGUAAUUGAUCGCAUUACAAACAAUCAAACAUCGGUUAACGAAAACUUCUUUGCACACAAAUUUGUAAAAGAUGAGCCACCUGAAAUUUCCACAGAGCAGUUAUUAUUAGAAAAAGAAAUAUGUACUGUAAUAGAAAGCCAGAGUAUAAAAAUGGAACAGAGAACAGAUGUUCUUGAAAGUCAGUUUGAUGCGUUUACAAAUGAUCGAACAUCAGUUGAAGGUAUUGCACAAAAAUAUAUUAAAAAUGAAGUAUCUGAUGCAACAACAGAGCAAUUAUUAUUAAACAAUGAAUUAUAUACUAUUACUACACUAGAAAAUAAGAAAGUAGUAACGCAGUCAAAAACUACUGUUCUGAAGAAUUUACCGAAACAAAAUAAUUAUAUUAAAUCUUUAGCUGAAAGCCUAGUUGCUGCCGUUACAGACCCUGCAUCUGACGAUGAGAAAGUACAAAUUACGACCAAAGAAAAAGAAAAAAGUGAUGAUGAGACAAAAAUAAAAAGUAACGUUCGGAAACUAUUGGAUAUUUUAGUGGAUAGAAUUACUUUGACAAAAUUUGGUUGGCCACAAGAAACUGAAGAAUAUGUACUUUGCAGAGUAAUAGAAAAUUGUGGAUAUGAUUUAAGUAAGGAUAAGACAAGCUAUGUUGAUUGUGAUUAUGCAACACGCAUGCGUGGGUAUGUAAAAUUGCUCUUUAGUGUUGUUUUACAUAAUGAUUCCAUAUUGGAACUCUUAAACUAUUAUCCAAUUGAUGAUGUGAUUAAAUUUGUAUUGGAUAAUGAUGACAACGAUUGAAACAUGCUUAAAUAAAGAUAUUUUUUUAAAACAUUAUCUGUAAAAAAGGUAAUUAUGUAAAUGCAGUGCAUUUAUAGCCGGGUUUUAAUAUUUAAUGUU